AUGUGCUGCGCGGGGCGCCCGGGCGCCGCCGGCCUGCGGGCGCUGUGCGUGGCCGCGCUCGUGCUCGCGUGCGCGGGCCACGGGGGCCGCCGCGAGGACGGGGGUCCCGCCUGCUACGGGGGCUUCGACCUCUACUUCAUCCUGGACAAGUCAGGAAGUGUUCUGCACCACUGGAAUGAGAUCUACUACUUUGUGGAACAGUUGGCUCAUAAGUUCAUCAGCCCACAGCUAAGAAUGUCCUUCAUUGUCUUCUCUACUCGAGGAACAACCUUAAUGAAACUAACUGAGGACAGGGAACAGAUCCGUCAAGGCCUAGAAGAACUCCAGAAAGUUCUGCCUGGAGGAGAUACUUAUAUGCAUGAAGGAUUUGAAAGGGCCAGUGAGCAGAUUUAUUAUGAAAAUAGUCAAGGAUACAGGACAGCAAGUGUCAUCAUUGCACUGACAGAUGGGGAGCUACAUGAAGAUCUCUUCUUCUACUCAGAGAGGGAGGCUAACAGAUCCCGAGAUCUUGGUGCAAUUGUUUACUGUGUUGGUGUGAAAGAUUUCAAUGAAACACAGCUGGCCCGGAUUGCCGACAGUAAGGACCACGUGUUUCCUGUGAAUGACGGCUUCCAGGCUCUGCAAGGCAUCAUCCACUCGAUUUUGAAGAAAUCUUGCAUCGAGAUUCUAGCAGCAGAGCCAUCCACGAUCUGUGCAGGAGAGUCAUUUCAAGUGGUGGUGAGAGGAAAUGGCUUCCGACAUGCCCGCAAUGUAGACAGGGUCCUCUGCAGCUUCAAGAUCAAUGACUCAGUCACCCUCAAUGAGAAGCCUUUUGCUGUGGAAGAUACUUACUUGCUAUGUCCUGCACCCAUCUUAAAAGAAGUUGGCAUGAAAGCCGCACUGCAGGUCAGCAUGAACGAUGGCCUAUCUUUCAUCUCCAGUUCCGUCAUCAUCACCACCACACACUGUUCAGAUGGCUCCAUCCUGGCAAUCGCCCUGCUGAUCCUGUUCCUGCUUCUGGCCCUGGCUCUGCUCUGGUGGUUCUGGCCCCUCUGCUGCACAGUGAUUAUCAAGGAGGUCCCUCCACCCCCUGCUGAGGAGAGUGAGGAAGAAGAUGAUGAUGGGCUGCCUAAGAAAAAAUGGCCCACAGUUGAUGCUUCUUACUAUGGUGGGCGAGGUGUUGGAGGCAUUAAAAGGAUGGAGGUCCGCUGGGGAGAAAAGGGCUCCACAGAAGAAGGUGCUAAGUUGGAAAAGGCAAAGAAUGCAAGAGUAAAGAUGCCAGAGCAGGAGUACGAAUUCCCUGAGCCUCGGAAUCUCAACAACAACAUGCGCCGGCCCUCUUCCCCUCGGAAGUGGUACUCACCCAUAAAGGGAAAACUCGAUGCCUUGUGGGUCCUACUGAGGAAAGGAUACGACCGUGUAUCUGUGAUGAGGCCACAGCCAGGAGACACGGGGCGCUGUAUCAACUUCACCAGAGUCAAGAACAGUCAGCCGGCCAAGUACCCACUGAACAACACCUACCACCCCACCUCUCCACCCCCAGCCCCAAUCUAUACUCCGCCCCCUGCUCCUCACUGCCCUCCCCCACCCCCCAGUGCCCCCACCCCUCCUAUCCCCUCCCCACCUUCCACACUCCCCCCUCCUCCUCAGGCCCCACCUCCCAACAGGGCACCACCCCCCUCCCGACCUCCUCCAAGGCCUUCCGUCUAGACACCAGAGUCUGCACUUUGGGCUGUCUCAGAAACUUCAAGGAGAUGCUCCCCUGUGCUGUAAGAACAGAUCCUUUCAGCUCUAGGGGUGAGGGGUGAUGAUGCUCACUGGCAUUCACAAGCUUCAAAAAUUGGGUAACAAUGCCAAUAUACUGACAGUUAUGGUCAGUAGGAAGAAAUAGAAAAUUUGAACUGCCUAAAGACAAUGAGAUGGCUACUGUUAUAUUUAUGGCCUGUUACCCAUCACCUCUAGAAGGUUCCACAGAUGGUGAAACUGCCAGGAUGCUCUCAACGGGAUUAUGACUCAUGAAGACCAGAAAAAAAAUCCUUUCUGAGAAUGAAAUGCAGGAUUGGAUAAGAAAUGUCAUGGCUGGGAUGCUGAACAUUGCCUUCCUCGGAGAUUUGACCCUUGGCCUAAAACCAAGUUAUUCUCACCUCUGUGUGGGACCCAGCAACUCUGGAAAAGCUUGGUGUUCCCAGGGUGCCAAGAAAACUCAGUAUCAAAUAGGUAUCCAAAGGAUGUUCUACUGGAAUUUGCAAAAGUGUAACAUCAUAUUCCUUAUUUUCCUUCCAAAUUCUCCCAGUUUCCAGGUGAGGAGAAGCAAGUGUUUGCUGAUGGGAAAGGUAUGUUGCCGGGUUGAGAUGUAAGUGGAGCCAGUCAUAGGCAUUGGCAGGAAAGCAUUGAUGGAAGAAGCAUCUAGCAGUUUCUAAACCCACAGACCCUUGAUCCAACAGGCCACAACAUUGUCAAAGGCAACCUGCUGAUUUGUGUUAAAACUCAAGGUUGGGCUUCAGUUUGGAUCAUUGUGAUUGAUCCUGUUUUCCAGAGACAAAACAUGAGCUGAUGGCUCGAACAGCAUCAUUAGCACCUAUGUGAUAUCUCUGAGUCCUUCUUUUUCAAUAAAGCUGUAUACAGAGCUUCCUAAGCACAACUAAGCCACAGUAGUCCUGACAUAACCAAGAAACUAUUCCCAUGUGUGUAGGUGCAAAUAUAUUUCUCCUUGGCUUCUUACCACAUUCACAAAUAUAAAUAUAUCAGCUGUUAAGCAAGGGGAAAGACCCCAACAAAGCAGAAAACCUCUGCCUGAAAUUCCCACCCUGUCCCUCAAUCAUUCUGAGUCUGUUUGACCAGUAAGCCCUGUAACACAUGCUAAACACUGGGCUUUAUUACCUUGACUGGUCAUUGGCAAAGGCAGGGCACGGCUUUUUCAAAAUGACCCUCCACUCCCAGUAUUCUACAGGCUCUGGUAUUCUUGGUCUCAGGCUCCUCAAAUCCCAAAAUCUUUCCUGGAACAAAGAACAAUGUGAAAUAAAAAAUAGCUUCAGUGCUUUGUGCUGUGGUUUCCAAAAAUUCCUAAGGAAUCCAUCAAGUCAUCUUUCCCUCACCUUGUUUAGAACAGGGACAUCAAGGUGUGGCAUGCAUUUAAUGAGCAGGAUUCUUACGCCUAAGGCAGACAUUGCUAAUCAACCACAAAUCUAUUUCACCUUAACUCAAUAGUUGUUUUUUUUUUUUCACAGUCAUUCUCAAAUCACAACUCUAAAGUCCUGCCAGUCAUCAGUCAGAACUGAGAAAGAUUAACACUGUACAAUCCUCAGAAAGGAAAAACAAAUGGAAAACCCACCAGCAUAAAAGGCAUAGUCGGGGGCUGGGGGAAACUUACCUAGGAAAGUGCCUUAGUGGCAGACCAAAGCACCAAAUCUGCAGAGCCAGUGCCAAAGUGACAGUUCUCUAAGCGUACCUCAGGCCCUGCCCCUCUCCUCAUGGUCACCACUUACUGCUUUUCAGGACUUAGGAAAGCCCUCACUUAACCCUGCUGCAUAUAUGCACUACUUGCAGAACAAGGCUUCUUUAGUGUAGUCCCUCAUGAAACGGGUCAGAAUGUCUCAGUCACCUGUAGUGACAUUGCUGGGCCCCAGAAAACCAUUCCUACAGAGAAUGGGUUCCUUAGGCUCACAGCAUGCAUUGAGCCCAGGCAACUGUUUUGACUGCUGGCAGUACAAAACAGUCCACCCCGCAGGAUUGCCCCAUCACUCACAUGGCCAUCAGAAAGUUCACACCAAGAUGCUGGUGUUGCUGUACACCAAAAUGGCAGGCACCAGGAAGAAAGCUGUGCAGGAUCCCAGCAGCAUGACAGUCUCAUGCCCUAUGCAGUUUUCAAGAGGUGUGGUAAAGUGUUUUGAGAAAAUAAGCAGGCGCUGCCACAUGUGAUGAUUUUGAAAAUGAUUAGCAGGGUUUGUCCUUAAACCUGACCCAGUGUAUUCUCCCCAGUCAUUCCAAACUACAGUUAGCAAGAGGUUUAUAUAUGUAUGGUAUGAGUAAGGACAUACUUUCAUAGUAGGCAAUUAUGGGCAAGAAAACUCUACCUGGCUUACAAAAUCUAUCAGUUCUAUGUCAUGCUCUGUAAAAGACAGGCUACAGAAUUGAUUAGGAAACUGCACCAAAAAAGUUAUUUUUUCAUCCCUCAUGUUACUGUCCUUAUAAAGUUUUUUAAUAGAAGCCAAAUUUGUGUUGUAUAUAUUCAUAUUCUAUGUGCUAGAUGGAAGCAUCUCCUAUCCAGUGUGAAUAAAAAGAACAGUUGUAGUAAAUUAUUAAAGCCACUGAUAUUUCAUGGCAGGUUAUUCUACCAAGCUGUGCUUGUUGUUUUUCCCAUGACUGUAUUGCUUUUAUAAAUGUACAAAUAGUCACUGAACUGACGAUGCCCUUAUUUGCACAGCACUAAUAACCUUGCUCAGAACUGUGGUCCACUGUGCUGGGAACCAACUCACAAACAUGUCUUACCUGCAGUUUGGUACAUGCUUCAGUGAGACAUAUGGCCUCUCUUCUACCAAGGUCAAGAACAGAGCUGUGGAGAAACUAAUGAAAUGUCUUGACUAUCUGGCCAAUGGUAACCUCACUUUAAAACCAUUAAGAUGAGCAGACAUGAUCUUGUAUCACCAUCUAUACACAAUUUUAUGGAGGAAAAAUCCAUCAAAGAAAUGGGAAAAUAAUAGAUAAUAGGCAACAGUUUAGACACAGUGCCAACUCAAUAAAAAAAUUAAUGCUGUGUAAAAUGGGUUGAAUUUACUUGUAAUCUAUAUGAAGAUAUAUGCAGAAAAGGCCUGUUAAUGCACACAGAGUGGAAGGGAAUAUUGUAGUCAAUUGCCUUUUUUAGUUACCUGAGCUCUGCUAUAUUAUACUUGGAUAACCAAUUUAAAUGAAUUAGAACAUGACUUUAAAUACUUGUAACAUUAAACUGUUCUCUUCUGUGAUAACUCAGUUAUGGAUUUUCAUGCCUGAGUCAUUGUCAUAAAAGAUCAGUUAUGACUGUACCAUGCUGUAGGAGACCAGGCUGAACCUGUGCAAUGACAAACCCUGGAAGUUGCUUUUAUAAAAAAAUAAUAAUAAAUUCCUAAAAUCA